CCACACUCAGUACAGCGCCACCGAGUCCCAUCGAGGUCCUUAUCUAUCUGAUCCCCAGAAUCUCCCCUAUACAUCCUUGUCGGGAGGCACGUGGGAGCAGCGGCCUUGAGGAGAAUAGCAAGGGACGGGAAGCCGAGGAAGGAAGAAACAGAAGGGGAGAUGCUGCGGCUACUGGCGAGGCGACUGAUGAGCAACGUGCCGGAGAGCACGGUGUACGGCGGGCCGAAGCCCCAAUCCCCCGGUCGCCGGGUCACGCUCACCCAUCUCCGCCAGAAGCACCGCCGCGGCGAGCCCAUCACCGUCGUCACCGCCUACGACUACCCCUCCGCCGCCCAUGUCGACUCGUCUGGCGUCGACGUGCUCCUCGUCGGCGACUCUGCCGCCAUGGUCAUCCACGGCCAUGACACCACCCUCCCCAUCUCCCUCGACGACAUGCUCGCCCACUGCCGCGCAGUCGCCCGCGGCGCCUCCCGCCCCCUCCUCGUCGGCGACCUCCCUUUCGGCUCCUACGAGUCCUCCGCCUCCGAGGCGGUCAACUCGGCUGUGAGGAUGUUGAAGGAAGGGGGAAUGGACGCGAUCAAGCUGGAAGGUGGCGCACCGUCGAGGAUCUCUGCAGCGAAGGCGAUUGUCGAGGCGGGCAUCGCGGUCAUGGGGCAUGUUGGAUUGACUCCGCAGGCUAUUAGUGUGCUUGGGGGGUUCCGGCCGCAGGGGAAGACAGUUGCUAGUGCUGUCAAGGUCGUGGAGACGGCACUUGCUUUGCAGGAGGCGGGUUGCUUCUCAAUUGUUUUGGAGUGUGUGCCUGCACCAGUUGCUGCAGCAGCGACUGCUGCACUGCAGAUACCCACCAUUGGCAUUGGUGCUGGACCUUUCUGUAGCGGCCAGGUGCUGGUUUACCAUGAUUUGUUGGGUAUGUUUCAGCAUCCUCAUCAUGCUAAGGUUACUCCGAAGUUCUGUAAACAAUAUGCACAUGUGGGAGAUGUCAUCAGCAAAGCUCUUUCACAGUACAAAGAAGAAGUAGAAAAUCGUUCAUUUCCAAGUGCAGUUUAUACACCAUAUAAAAUAAGUGAAGCUGAUGUUGAUGGUUUUUCAAAUGAGCUGCAAAAGAUGGGCUUGAAUGAGGCAGCUUCAGCAGCUGCUGCUGCUGCUGCUGGUAAAAAUGAGGAAACAGCUGGAUAGCCAUCAGAUGGCAACUGCUAACUGGUUUGAACUUGCAUACAGGAAUCAGGCCUAUCUAUACCGGUUUAUUCAGCUUUUCUUCUUUUCAGUUAUUGCUUUAGCAGUAAAUUACAGAAACUGCCUAUUUAAAUAUUUAAAAGUAAGGCUGUGUACAUUGACCCUCCGCAGUCCCUACAUUGGCAGAAGCCACGUGCACUGGGUACGCCCUUUAUGCUUUAGCAAUAAAUUAUGGAACAUUGUUUUUUAAGUU